AUGGACAAUACUUCUUUUAAGGAUAUAUAUCAAUUUGAUGAAGAAAAAGAAAGAAAAAUUUUGCGCGAAGCGCCAUGGAAACACGAUCCAUUCUAUUUCAAAUCUGUUCACAUUGAUGCUGUUGCCCUUUUAAAAAUGCUGCGACACGUGUCGCAAGGUAUGCCAUUAGAGGUUAUGGGCUACGUGCAAGGAAAAGUAAAAGACAACAAGUUAAUCAUCUUGGAUGCAUUUGCACUUCCAGUCAAAGGAACGGAGACUCGUGUGAAUGCCCAUGAAGAAGCCGAUGAGUAUAGUGUCCAAUACCAAACCUUGUGUAAGUCGGUUCAUCGCUACGAAAAUGUAAUCGGUUGGUACCAUUCUCAUCCAAAUUACGGUUGCUGGCUCUCGGGCGUUGACGUUGAGACGCAAAAGCAAAACCAGCGCUUUCAAGAUCCAUUUGUUGCAAUAGUCAUUGAUCCUAAACGUUCUUUAGAAUCACAUUACGUCGACAUUGGUGCAUUUCGUACUCAUCCAGAAAAUAUGAACAGACACAAGUUAUCUACAUUUAAAAACAAAGACGCGUUCCUCUACGAAAAUCUACCUUCCGCCAAAGUUGCCGACGCUGGUGCUCACGCCGACGCUUAUUAUUCUUUACCUAUCACAUAUUUUCAUUCCCCAACAGAAAAAAAGGUUACUGAAUUCUUAAAAAUGAAAAAAUGGUCCGAAACCAUAUCCAGUCCGUCAAUCAUAGAGGACCCUAUGUUUUUUAAAAGAUCGGAAAAUUCGCUUUUAGAAUCAAUUGUACAGGCAACUGUAAAACAUCCAGCAACUACUGUUCAUGCUUCUGAACAUAUGAAACCAUAUUACCGGGAAGCCACUUCAUACUUAUCUCAGCUAGAGCUGCAAGAUCGCUUAUUCAAAAACUAA